AGGUUCUCUAAGUCUUAUUAUUCUCUGAAUUUCUAGCCUUCACUUUUAGUUUCUCAAAUUACCAAAUAAGUAGUUUGAUCUCAUAAUUCACAAAACAAGAUCUACUUUUUAUUACAAUUUCAGAAUUUUCCUUGGGUUUUGGAAAGUUAGGUUGUCUUUUCUAGAUUCCUCACCUCUCACUUAUUGUCCAAAAAAAAAAAAAAAAGACUUAAAAACCAAGAUUCCCUUCCUAUGCUCCUCUUAUUUUUUUGAUUAAAUGCCACUGAAAAAACCAUAAAAGACCCCUCAACUUCCCAUCAUUUGUCAAGAAAAUCAAAAGGGGUUGUUUGGGUGGUGUUUUCCACUAUACAUGAACAAGAAAACAUGAAUAGGGAAAUGGGAUUUCUAUCCCCUGCAACAUAUAUCAAGAACUCAAGUUGGUUAUUCGAGGAAAACAAAGGAACAAAAUGGACACCUGAAGAGAACAAAGUGUUUGAAGAAGCACUUACUUUAUUUGAUAAAGAUACACCAGAUAAAUGGUAUAAUGUAGCAGCAAUGAUACCUGGUAAAACAGUGAAUGAUGUGAUCAAACAGUAUAGAGAAUUGGUAGAAGAUAUUAGUGAUAUUGAGGCAGGGUUAAUACCAGUACCUGGCUAUACAACUAGUAAUUCUUUUACAUUAGAGUGGGUCAAUAAUCAAGAUGGUUUUCAUGGAUUUAAGCAAUUCUAUGGUCAAUCUGGCAAACGGGGCCCGUCGAAUCGGUCCUCUGAACAUGAAAGGAAGAAAGGUGUGCCAUGGACUGAGGAAGAGCACAGACAAUUUCUGUUGGGGCUGAAAAAGUAUGGGAAAGGAGACUGGAGAAAUAUUUCACGAAAUUUUGUGACCACAAGAACUCCAACUCAAGUAGCUAGCCAUGCUCAGAAAUACUUUAUUAGGCAGCUUUCCGGCGGAAAAGAUAAAAGGAGAUCAAGCAUACAUGAUAUCACGGUUGUCAAUCUUACGGAAUCCAACUCUACUUCCUCUGAGGAUCAUAAAUCUGCCCCUUCCCCACAAGCACAACAGCAUUCGAAAAUGAAUGGCAUGGUGAAAACACUAUGUGAGUAUAAUUCACCAAAUCAAGAAUCAGACUUAACAUUCAACUCAUCAAGUGGUGGUCUGAUUACCGCGCCCUUUUCAUAUGGACUCGAGCAUGGAAUGCAUAACAUUGCUCUACAAGGUCUCCCUUUUGGUAACUAUAACACUAUGUGUUGAGUCGGGCAAGAUUCAAAGUUCAGUCCUUGUUGGUCAGGAGCAGUGAGGAUUCAUAUCACUGUCUCCAACUUGUUUGUCAAGAAGACGAUCAAAAACAGCCACUACUUGAAAGAGAUAUGCUUUAGUGUUAGUUCAUAUUGCAACUGAAGGGGGGUUGCUAUUAUUUAGGAAAACUUUGAGCUAUUUUCCUUGCACUAAUUGUCUGCUGUGUUUCUUCAAGUGUGAAUGAGGUUGAUUUAAAUAGAUUUGCUGACUAAGUUGGUUUUGCAACAAAUACAGAAGUUCCAGAAAAAAGAUUACUCAACACAAUCAAGCUAAUUAUGAAGCUGCCAAGUUGAUAAUAAGGUCAACAAAGUUCCAGCAAAUUAAUAUUACUUUAGAAACUUGUGCUAGCUCUAGUCAUUAGUUAAAAUACCAUUGCAGCUAGUAGGUGUUUAAUAUCUCUUUACUUUAUAGUUAGUCUCAGUUAUUCAUUUUGCUUCUAUUGCAAAGAAAGAGAAAUUUAUUAAAAGGCUGAAUUUCGUCAGAGAAAAUAAAGAAGGAACUUGUAUUCA